AUGCCACAAAAAAAGAGGAAAAGAAGUGCAUCAAAAGGAAAUGCAAUGGUGAUGAAAAAGAAUAGUUUGUCAAGAGACAGACAUUAUACACUCAGUAUUAACUCACUCGAGAAAGUGGAGGAAGAAGUUGAUGAAGACGUCCCCAAAGAUGUAAGGAACGCCUUCUGUAUGUAACCUUUCAUACUGAGUUGUUAACUAAGAUACACCCUGUAGGUUGAUUUAGCUGAGGCCCCUAUAACCAUGUAGCUGGUGGUUCAAGAGAACCUUAGCUGAUUCCAUUUACCGUGCGAAGAAGAAUAUUGAUAAUAUGAGAAGCAAAAGGCUGCAUGCUUUAUCAGAAGGAUUAUAAAAACGAUAAGCCCCCAAUGGCUGAACUGGUAUUACGGCCAAUGAUACCCUCAAAUAGCAGAUUUUCCUCGAACUUCGCGGGCCUGUAGCUUCAUAUUUGGGCAAUCUUUCCCCAUCGGGUAUUUUCAGCCUACUCAAAAGGCUUGUUUUACGAAAAAGCUUCUUUGCUGGAUUAGUGCACAGUUUCUCAGAUACUUAAAUUGAUCCAAAAAUAAAUAGGCUUUAGAGCAAACUUCUCCUCCAAUUCUUCUCCUGCACUAAACAAAUAUUAACUCAUCACAUUAUAUUUUAGAGAGAUUCAAGGGAAACACAGCUUCAAGAUGCUGCCAUAUCGGGAGAUGUUGAAGUCGUAGAAGAGUUGAUUUCAAAAGGAAUAGGUGAGUCAAGCAAAAGCUGCUGAUGCACGCUGUAAACUAAGUACAUUUUACCUGAAUGAAAUACAAUUUGCUUUGCGGCUCGUUUUCACUCGUGCAUGUCCGACAUUGGUAAUGUAACAAGUGUCUCUGUGGAGACAGUUCUCUUUCGCUGGAUCCUUUUGUCGCUGGCUCCUCAGUAAUAGAAUGCAUUUGGUUAAUAACCGUUAACCAGAAUGUUUUCACAAAUUGGAAGUUUCAUCGGCUGCGAAUGAGAGUUCAGCCGCCCUUACGUGCAAGAUUUAUAAUAGGAUCAUUAUUUUAUAUAGCUAUGACUGCUAAAGAGGUAGGAAAAUAUUAUUUUUUCAGUUUUUAGCCACUAUGGGAAAAAAUAUUUCAGGAUGCUCUAAAGGGCUACACACUUCGUCCAUAGCUACAAUUCUUAUUGCAAUACCUAAAUCCUUUAUCAGAAUUAUCUGAUCAGGGUACUCGGAAAUUCAGCUGGGUUUAAUCCUCACACUGUUCCUCUCAUUCAUUUAAGAGUCAACUCAAGGGAUCCUUGGACUAUCAAAUAGCUUUUGAUGAAACAUGAUCCAUAUUGCCAUAAAUAACAAAACAUAAAUUUCCAAAUCGCGAUAAGUAGUUGAUAUAUUUCAAAAUAAAAGAUAUUGUGAUGAUCCUGUUACAGCACUGUCUAUAACUGAUGGGUUUGGCCGCACUCCACUGCAUAACGCCAUACUAGGCAAUCAGCUACGUAUCGUGGAGAUUUUACUCGGCAAGGGUGCAAAUGUCCGAGUCCAGGAUGAAAGAGGUGACACGCCUAUUCACACAGCUGUAAGAGCUGGUAACGAGAAAAUAUUGAAGGUACGUCGAGCACUGAAAACAAAAGGCCAGAUAGGCGUCUCCUUUUACAGUUCUAUGUUACGUAUCACUUGUCACAGAGCUUUCAUGCCCAAGAACCUCCAAUCAUGGCUCGGUUAUUAGAACAUUCGUCAGAUUUUUUAGGAAAUUAUGAAUCCAGUUCCUUAAAGGGCACCUCUCAUAGUCGUAAUAAAUCAGUUUAAGAUGUUUGUUUAUUUGAAAGAUAAUAAAACGACAAUUUCAAGAAGGCUAUUGAAUGACUUUGAUCCCACGCUGCAUGAUAAACUGAACAAUAACGUCUAUUGUGUUUCUAGACAUUGUUGCAAGAACCUGAAUGUGACGUCAACGUAACUGGUCGCAGCAAUGUCACGCCGCUUCAUCUGGCGGCUGGAAUGGAUCGUGUCCAAGUCUGCAAACUGCUGGUGAGCAGAGCUUAUUGCCAUAGCUACUGAACAAAAAAUGAGAUACGCCAAUGCCAAACCAAUGAGCUUUCUCAAAAGUAUUAUUGCAAAGUUUUUGUAAUCUGCUAGUAGCGCGCUUUAACAAUCAACUCAGAUUACGCAAAUGAGGCGUUUUUUAGCUACCUUGUCUGUUUGAAAUUACCGGACACAGUAAAAACAACGAUUUCUUUUUUUUUUCUUACGUGUUUCAGUUUUACUCCAGCCAUUUUUCGGACGUGUACAAAAAAACUAUUUUUAGGCAUUAAAAUUAAAAAAUAGAUACUUUCUCAUCAUUUGAAAACCAACCGCUGUACAAAUCUUACCUAAUUCUAAACCUAACGAAACGACCAGAGCAGAAAAUUGCUACUUUUAUCAACUGAUACAAAGUCUAACAGAUGCCAUAGCGAUGAAUCGAUCAUCCUCACAAUCAGAAAUAAAUCUAUUCAAGAUUAAAAAAAACUUUAUUUCGAACAAGCUUUUUUCCUCGCAAAAUGUGUCAUAUAACAAGGAAAUUGCUACGUAUUUUGCAAAAAAAAAUAAAAUCAACUAUGCAAAUUAACUUGCAUAAAUAAUCGACUGACCUCUUCUAGAUUGAACAUCAAGCUAAGAUAAACAAUAGAGAUGACGAUCAAAUGACACCUCUGGGUCAUGGUGUGGAGAGAGGAGCCAAAGACGCCGUCAGCUAUUUGUUUUAUUAUGGUGAAUAUGACUUAUCUUUGUAAGCUAAGAAGCAUAAAUUGCAUUGGAACAGACAUGUGCAAGUUUAAUUGAUACAGGCAGUGAGCAAUUAUACCUUAAAAAUUAAUAUUUUCCUUAUCAUAAGCAAGAAGCGAUUGUGAAUAAUGCUACUUGCCCUGGAUGAAUUUCUAGUUCAUCAAAGGUCACCCCUCAAAAUUUUUCGGCUUGCAACACACUUUAGUGAAGAUGACAACUUUGUCUCACUACAAAACACAAGCUGAUGACUUCUCUCAGGGCAAAAGCCCGGACCUUAAUUCUGGUGCCCGAACGAUCCAUUCUGUGCAACAUGCUCACCAUUUCAGGUUAAGUGUCUCAUCAAGGCUACUUGUUGUAUAAUUUAAGCUACAUCUAUAUACCAUCGUCCCUCUAGUGAUUCCUUCCUUAACGGUCAUUGUUGCAAUGUCUAAUUCGAUAUUUUAGUUGGUGGUAACAUUAAUCAUGAGCUUUUUCGUCCUCAUUUUAGCCCGCUCCCAAAAGUUCGAUUUGGAUUCAUUUCUUUACAAGGCUGAUUUGGAUGGCUCUUCCCUUCUGCAUAUGGCAGUUGAUUGCGGAAAUAUUAAGGUAAAUUUUGUGCGUAAAACGUCUUCUUGAACUUUAGGACGAUAAACAGAAAAAUUAAUGUACUUACAUUACAAACAUUCGCUUGCAUAAGGAUAUAAUACAUUGACAUCAUUAACGACUAGGCGGGUGGAAAGUAACAUCGAUAAAGCAAUGACUAUAUCCCGAUUUGCAUAUGAUCUGCGGUCGGAGACAAGCUGCAAAUGUCAACAAUCUCGAACAGAAAUGCGUGCAAAUAUUUUCUUUCCUAGGUAUGUAAACUUUAUUACAAAGACGGGUGAAAUCAUUCUCCUAAAUGCUCUCUACAACUGUUUUUAACCGAAGGUGGUAUGUUGCUGCUACUAUUGUCAACUGUCACUUUUGGAUAAAGUCCUUGAUUUUUUCCCCCACAGAUUGUAGAGCUGUGUCUACUAAAUGGGUCCAGAGUGCGAUGUCCAAAGGUUGGUUGCAUAAAGCUGAUCAAGAGUUCCUUUUACUGACAUAUCAUAUAUUUUGAAAUUGAAAAAAAAAGCUUGAAAAGUUACAUGUAUCCAGUGCAUUGUGUUUAAUUCUCCUGUGAGUUAUGAUUUUCGUCUGUACAAGGUAUGAUAUGACGUAAACAUGGCUACCCUCGUAUCGGGAGUGCUCUGAGUAAUCUCAGAGUUUUUUACCAUGGAAUCUACGACUUAGAGCAUAUCAUGAAGUCAAAAUAUUUGUCUCGAUCUUUUUUUUUUUCGUCAUUUAAUAAAACAGUCAUUAUCAUCAUUAUCAUAAAUAAUAUCAGUCAUAACAUCAGUCAUAACAUUAUAUUACUUUUUCUUUUAUUGUCUUCCAGACCUCUGAUAAGAGCACAGCCUUUCAUUUGGCGUGUGCACAAGGCUCCAUGGAAAUUGUCAAACUUUUGGCCAGUUAUGACCUUUCAAUUUGUCGAAUAACGCUGCUCGACGCCCAGGGACAGACACCUCUCCAUAGAGCCGCCACUAACAAUCACGUGUCUGUGGUUGAAUACCUUCUGGAUCAGGUAGGAAAGAUUUGUUGGUUUCUUAUGUUCUACUUUUUCUUUUGUUGAGCAAGAACGUUGAUUAUUUGCGAAUGGUAACUAGCCAAUUAGACGUUCAUUUUCGUUUGUCUGUCUUGUUUCGUUUCUAAAUUCAUAUUUUUAGAUUUUUACACCUUUUUUCAUUUACAUCACCAAGACUAGGUGAACGAAUGACUUACUCACCAUUUUUUGUUUGUUUUGUCUUGUUAAACGUUUUAAGUGUCUCCAUACAGACAGAAUGGACUCUUUCUCUUCUUCUCUCUCUCUCUCUCUCUCUCUCUCUCUCUCUCUCUCUCUCUCUCUCUUUUUAUAUAUAUAUAUAUGUAUAUAUAAAUUAUUCAAUAAGAAAAACAGAUUUUACAUACUCAGAAAAUAUGAACUUCAAAAUGUUAGAAUAAGAAAAGAUACAUUACCUAUAUAGGGCGCCGCAAUAGACCCCCCUGACAAGUCACGACGCACUCCCCUAUACCAAGCAACUUCCAAAGGCGCAGUAGACACAGUGGGUUUCCUACUUAAGCGAGGUGCUGACGUCACUGUGAAGACUAUACAACUGAGAUCAGUGAUCCAUGCGGCUGUUCCUUUCCCCAAUGUCAUGGAGUUGCUGUUGAGGGUUUGUAAUGAUUAUCUCAAAUUCUUUGCAAACCUUUUUGGAUAAACCAUAGCGUUUACGAAUUAUUGUCCUUUCUUUUUUAUAGUUGCGGUGUGACGAAAGUCAAAAAAGAAAAUUUAGAUGAUUCAAAGAUUCUUGCAAUAUUUUCAGUAACAUUGUAAUAUACCUAUUCAGGGAAAAUUGCCAUCAAUAAUUUUUUUGUUUUUGUUUUUUUUGUUGUUAUUGCUGUUGUGUUUGUUUCCAGCACAAACAACCAAAUCCCUAUGUUCUGUCUUAUUACGGCCGCCAUAAACGUUUAAUCAGGCUGUGAGCCCGAUACCUCUUACAAUGCUAGACGAUUCUGUCAUUCGUAAUAAUUGGUUGUAUCAAAUGCAGGUACCUUCCUCUGCGUAUCUUAUCACAGAUAAGGAUUACAAAAGCCUGACACCAGCUGACUACGCGGCAGCAAAGGGACAAUCCAAGGUAAAAAUUGCACCCACGAUGAAGAUACCCACGCCAGUGCUCGCUGGCUCCGAGUAAAGAUUAUAACAACCCUACUUAAAGUUUACCAAACGUUUCUCGAAUGUGUUGAACGCCAUUUUGAAAUUGCAUGAACUACAAACGCUAAUGAGGUGAAAGUUUGGACUCUGGGUCAAACGUUUCGAGUCCUGGAUGGGGAAUGUGUUGAACGCCAUUUUGAUAAGACGUUGCGGAGGUCCCGUCUCCUGCACAAACGCUAAUGAGUUACUUGAUGGAUGAUUGGAAACGCAUCUGAAUAUAUUCACAUAGAUAUUUGCGCCGAAUAAGUAUUUAUUAAAAAAAUAAAUAAAUAAAUAAAAAAAAACUUUAUGAUUGGAAACGUAAAAGGUCACAGAAUAUUUGUUUCACCUGAAGUGACAAUUCAUCCAAUCGCAGUCACACCGAUCUUUGCAUUACAAUUAUGUCAGGCUUCAACCCUUCACUAACCCACCCUUUAUUUGAAUUGUUUUCUCAUGGAUUAACACAUCGUUAUCUCUUUAGACCAUCUCACUUCUGAUGGAAACCAACAAAGCUGCCGCUAGUUCGACGUCAAACGAAUUGGACACACCUCUGCAUAUCGCAGCAAAGUAAGAUGUAAAUGAAAUGACGACGACUUUCAUUCAGGGUUAAUUUAAUUUGAUCAAUUGCGAAAAAAAAACCUGCUACUCCAACUUCAGAGGAAUCAUCAUGUAGUUGCAACUUUUGAGGAGGGUAAAUAGUCAUUACAUCAGUUUGGAAGAGUUAGCAUCCCUUUUGUAUCCCGGAGAUGAAUUGUCAGAUUACAAUCAGAAAGAUGUAGAACAAGCAAGUAUUUUAGCAAAAAGAAAAAAACAAAGAAACAAAGCCAUCUCACUUACUUCAAGAGGGAAUACAAGAAAAAUAAAGCAAAAAAACUACAAAAAAAAAAACACCGUUUGUGUCGCUCAAAAGCUGACAUGAUCACCAAUCUUGGUCUUACUAAUCUUUUACCAAUGGAAAGAUACUGAUGAAGUUCUCUUGUUGCAGAUUCGGGUGGUUGCCAAUAGUGGAGAGUCUCUUGGUUGGACGAAAUGUUCGUAUGAUAAAUUUACAAAACAACAAAGGCAUGACUCCUCUUCAUCUUGCUUGUUCCGAAGGAAAUGACCUGGUGGUCGAGUACCUCAUGACUAAAGCAGCAACCAUAGAGAAGUACGUCGGGUUCUAUUAACGAUUUUCUCACCCAUCAGUUACUUGGCCUUUGGAUACCUAAUGUUAGAAAUGAAAAUGGAAUAGCAGAAUUCUCCCCCGGCUUUGAUUCAAAACUAUUCAAAAGUUUAAUUUUUUUUCCACUUGCCAAAUGAUGAUUACUUUAAUUCAAUAUUAAAAAAAGAUAAAAUUAUGACAAUGGUAGUGAUAAGGAAAUUCAACAUUUAGAUUUGAAAAAAGUCUGAAGCGUAACGAUUGUACUCAGUAACUUCGUGUAACAUCAUCAAUUGGGAUUGGACUAGUUUUAUUCCACAUGCCAAGGGGAGAAAAAAAUAAUGGUCAUCAAAUUCGUUCACCAGAAAAUUUUGAAUUACCUUUCUAUCCAGCUUAAACCAAAGAGAAAAAGUCGUCAUCUUUAAAGGCAUGCGAGCCAAUCAUACAAAGGGAUGACUUCGAUAGCAAAGUAAAUGGUGAUCCCAAAAUUGUUCAAAGUUAGCCAACCGUUUUCAUUAGCCACUUCUCGUCCUUAGAAAACUGUUGGACUAACGUUUUGUUAAGUCGAUUGCCGAAACGAGACGAUGCUAAGCCCUAAGUUUCGUAAAGUUCAUGGAAAAAAAUUGUCAUACAAGAUGUCAUACAACAGUUUAUGACCAAGUACUUUCACCGAGACUAACCGAGUAUGAAAACACACAGUACUAUAAAAUAAAGGUGAAAAGUUCCAAAUGGUCGGAGGUUACUUGGUGGCUAUGUAAAGAGAACUCGGGGCAACUAAGAACAAAUCCUGGGACCAGCAGAAUGGAGUUGAGCCCUUGACAUACAGAUCACAAGUUCAGCGCACUACACCACACCACCUUCAUGAAGUAAAGCAGUUUCAAAGUGCAUGUAAUGAACAGCUUAUGAUGCAAAAUCUCUUCGAACCUGCGAGAAACUGUUCAAAGCCACCGCUUUUCUGGCCGGGGUUGGGGACUAAUGUCAGUUACUUUGCUCACUCCAUAUAGGGACCAAAAUCAAAAGACAGCCUUGCAUCUAGCAGCCUCCCGGGGUUCAAAGAGGUGCAUUGUGUCCAUCUUGGAAACACAUCCGGAGUGCCUGAACAAUGUGGACGAAAAUAAGGUCAGCCAAGUCAAUUUUCAUUAAUUUCAAAUGAAACAUUAAUCCAAUCGUUUCCCUCCAAAAAGUUGUUUUUUUUUUUUGACGUUUCUAUGGUGGGAUUUUUAUCGAUAUUUUUUUGUGAACUGUAUUUAAAGUGCAUGCGGGAAAUUGGAAAAAAGUAAUUCUGGCCUUUUUUCAGAGGAAUGAGUAACACACUAUGUUUACUUUCUUCAGUGUGGCUUCGAAACUUGGUUGUUAGUUUUCAGUCAGUCUUUGGAAAUAUUCAGUGAUUUCAAACCCGUUCGUUUUUCAGAUUAUCAUUUCCUCAACAGGAGCAUAAAUUGUGUUUUUACUUUUGAGGACAAGUUCGAAAGCUACAAAAAAAAAUGAUGCGUUUCCAACAUAUUUACUACAAAUGGUUUUAAGAGUUAAAAGAAAGAAAUUAACCCAAAACUCUCCUCUUUCUUCGACAGAAUACAGCUUUAAACCUGGCCUCAUUUGAAGGUCACGCUGAGAUUGUUGUGUAUUUAUUGUCACUUAAAGAUCAAGAUAUUCUGAUGAACGCCUAUAAUCAGAAUGUACUGGACAUAGCACUUAAGGAGGAAAAGAAGAAUGUUGCCAUUGCGAUUGCAGAGCAUGAUCGGUAAUGAUGUGCAACUAAUUCCUAGCAUGUGAUUUUAGGACAACUGACCUUGAAAACUAGUGCAGUCGUUAAUUCUGUGAAAGGGAUAAUCGCAACAGGCGUACCUGUGAACAUUUUGUAACGUUCUCGAUGCCUUCGUUAAUUUAUCAAUUACUCAUUAAAAAAAUACAAACUAGGACUUCUGAAACAGUCGUGAAAGACCAUUUUCCUCUAUUUCAAAAGAUGGAGGGAGAUUCUGAAUUCAUCAGCGCCAGGCUCCUUGCUCAUGAUGCAAGAUCUGGUUAUCAAGAUGCCAGAAGUUGCGGAGGUAAGAACAAGAGCUCGAUUUGAUAUUACGUCACUGUUUUAAUAAGUACUAAUGACUUUAGGUCCGUUGUCUUAUCUGCAUGGUACGAGAUAUGACCGGCGCUUAAAAAAAAUUAUAUCAAUUUUUACCCAAUAAUGUUCUCAGUUUUACUUUUGUGGCACUCGCAAGUUUCGUUAACAUUAUGAUACUUUUUGAAAUCGACAGGCUAUUUUGGAUCAGUGCGUGACGGAGGAAGGUGACGAAUUGAAACCUCAUUUUAAAGUAAGUAAAAAACUGGCUCUUAGUGUAUCUAAAAUAAUUUCCAAGGUGCAACCUCCCCCGAGGCCCCAACCUCACUACCUGCCUUGGUUCCUUAUUCUAAUGAGUUGUCCGUUUAGGAUUCUCUUAUGUGAUUGUUAAUAAGGUCAUUGGAUGUAUUGCAGUUGGUGACCUUUGACAGUAAAAUCACCUCACGAUAUGCAUAAGGUGCAGUUUGAAUGCUUAUUUACUGCAAGAACCAACAUUUCCCUCUUGAAGCAGCACAUUAUCAUCGUUAACUGCCCGGAAAGUAUCUAUACUUGCAGUAAUGUUUUUUGUUGAUGCGACUUCUUUUUCUUAAAGAUGAGGAGAGAUUUAACAAUAAUUCAACCAAAGUACGUCCCAAAUCCUGAGAAGGACCAGCUGACUGUGCUGAAGGUAAUCACAGUUUCUUUUUUCACGUCGAUCUAGCAGUCCUUUGUUAGGAAUUUACUUCCCUGCUCCCUCGCUACCGCCUCGUCACUUAAAUAAAUCAUUCCUUUCCAAAUUUUUGUUUCACCGAAGACAAUCAACAUUUCGGCAUGACUGAAGAAUACCCAGUUAGGAUUUUUGUCUUUCCCUCGGUCCAAACUUCAACAGUUAAAGCGCGGGAAUGCCGAAAGGACGGGAGGUGGAGGGUCUUAAAAUAACAAUAGUUUACGAGCGGCCUUUGCAAAUACAUCAGCUACAUCUUCGAAUAGUUUCACAUCCGUUUCUUUUGACGAGCUUAUUCUCUCUGAAUGAUUAUUUGUUUCGAUUUAUUGAGAAUUCUGGCAAAGGAAAUGAUUCGCUCAAAAAGAGGGGAUUAGAGGUUAGAUUUAAUGACCGAAAGUCAGCUGCUUUUCGCGAUUCUUGUACUUGGAGACAGGGCGGUGUUAAAAGGUUCAGAGGCCUCUUGAAAGACCCUCCACUAGCCUACGUGGGAAGCCCUGAAAUUCGAAACGAUACUGGCUGAAUUUUUCAAUAAUAACAGUGUUCUGUCUUUUCUUUUAUGUUAGACUAUGGUAAAAUAUCGCCGUGAUAAGUGCCUUACUCACAAAGUCGUCUUCAAUCUCAUGCAUUUAAAGUGGUAGGUCUUGAGUUACAGUAAGAUUGGACCAAGCUUUGCUCAAUACUUAACUAACGAAAUUGUAUCAACUACCGACACACUGUCACAUUUAACAACAGAAGCUCAGUGUUCUAGUGAAUGUAUGGCAACAAGCACGAUAAGGCUGUGACGACAAAACAUGAGCCACUUCACAAACACAUUCCAUACAUAUAUCGCUCCGUCUUUCUGUUUCGGAACCAAAUAUGCUUAAAGAAGUGUUAAGAAGUAAUAGGUUUUUCUUUUAGAGGUUUCAUGAAAAAAAAAAAAAAGCAGCUUGCCCUAAGGAAAUAACCCCAAAGACAAAAAAUUUGUUUUAUAAACGAAUAUAUAAACUUUUAAUGCUGUAAUCUUAUUUUUAGGAAGAAGUUCGGUUUCACAUCCCUCAUUUUGAGCCUAUUUCUCUAUCUCACGUAUCUACUAUCGCUGACUGCCUUGGCUAUGUACUCUCGAGACAACGAAAAGAAGAUCUGUGCGCCAAACGACACAGACAUGAGAAGGGUAAGUGUUAUUCGAAAAAGGGAAGGUCAUGCUGACCCCAAAAUUUGUUCAAUGAAUAUAAACAACAUUGUUUUUACCAGCAGAUGCUUAAAGAAGUAUUCGUUAUCAGUUCACAAUGGAAAAUUUCAACCAUUAAUAGUGAUAGUCACACGUUCCACAAUUUUGGGCGUAAAUCAGAUUCUCUUGAUGUUUGCAUGCCAAAAAAUUCGCAAAAGAAGUGUCAAUUUUUCCUACUCACAAAGUACCUUGAUGGUACGAACCAAAUUUUUUUAAUAGGAAGAAAAAGCAAGAACAAGGCAGUCAAAAAGGGAAACUUUGUUUGUAAAUUAUUAUCUUUCUUGAGCAAAGAAUUUUUCAACGAGCUCCGACUUUAUGUACUGAGCAAGUUGUGAGUCUAGACGUAGUUAAAAUUGACGACCUGUAGUUGUGACAUGUCUUCGAUCUCUUCAUCAUGAAUAACUAUAAUCAGAGCUUAAUAAAUAAACCUGGGACCCAUUUUGACUUUUUUUAAUAAUUACGUAUUUUAAUGUUUACAGUAAUAGGAUGUAGAUUUCACUAGGGGGCAUUUCCCCUCUCCUCCAUCGAUUAGUCAAAGAUCUAAAAGAAAUGCUUUUUGGUUUUUCGGUUGUUUCUAACCAAUACCGUUGAUAAAGAAGACAUUAAGCGUCCCUUUUCAUCCAUUCCAUGGCAGAGUCUAUCUGGCUAUUAGACAACCAACAGACGGAAGUUGAACGAGAUACUAGACAUGAUCCUGAAAGUUAUUUUAUGCCUAGAAACUAUUUUUGAAUAAAGAAGCAAUCAACAAACUGUCAUAUUUUUUCUGCUUAAUCUUAAAGGAUUAUCUUGAGGACAUGCCCACCACUCGCUCCGAUAUGGUAAGUCAGCGCAAUAAUUUUUAUAAUUCCACGGUCAUUAAUUGAUUUGAUUUUUACAAAUAUUGCGUCGAACCCAAACGUGUGGAAGUACAACUCGUGAAGGAAUUUAAGCACGCCUUGCAGAAGUGAAGAAAGUGUCUGCAAUCUUUUUCAGCAAAAUAUAAAACAGUUCCGGCUUAUUUCGAACUAUGCGAUCAUGAUAAUAGUUAAUGAGAAGAUCCUCAUAUAUUCCAAACAAUUUGAACUCCCAUAGAGGUUCAGUUCAUUUGCUGCAAAAUCCUUUUUUCUUUCUUGUGUUUCUUAGAAUAUUCAUUCAAAUAAUUUUCCGUGCUCUUCUUCUCUUACUCCAGUUCAUUCAAGUGCUUACUUACGUCGUUCUUGUACUCACGCUUGUCCAUUUAGCGAGUGAAGUUUUUCAAUUACUCAAAAAGGUAAGGAAGUCAAAGGAAUGAGAAAAUUCAUUAUUAUAUAGCAAAAAGAAACCAAAAUGAACUAAUUGAAAUAAAUCAAAUACGUAUUGUGUAACUUUGAUACAUAUGAAAUAUUAUAUUAGAGCAAAUAAGCUAUACUUGAGAUUUUUCAAAACUUUCUCUUUGUUAAAACAACCAGACUUUCAUGUAAACUUUUGGGCCAAACUUUAAUUUUGUUCAGGAUUUUGAUGAUCUAUGCUAUUCCUGUGGAGGUACUAUCUUUUCUGAUGAUGGUCGAUAUCCUGACGAUGUUAAAUUUCUGGAUUUGUUCCUUUCAUAAGUUUUGCAGGUUGACUAUUAUGAAUUUCUUCUUUUAUUUCAGCGUGCAAACUACUUGUUAUCCGGCUCAAACUAUAUUGUGCUCACUGGAUACAUCAUUACUAUGUUGUACAUUUUUCCCUCCAACGACUGCAAGUCUGGCUUCCAAAUCCAAAUUGGAGCCCUUUCUUUGUUCUUCGGUUGGAUGAAUCUGAUCCUCUAUUUACGAAAGUAAGUAAAAUAUAAUUCCAAUUAAUACGAACAGUGUUAAUAAAAUAUCACUUCACGAGUUUACUGAAACCAACGUAAUGACCAGCUCCCAGUAAGCUUGUUAGCUUAGUUGGUUGAGCACAAAUCCCGUACAGGCUUGAAUUUUUUCAGGCCUUAUUUCCACUACUGCUUAAGAUCUUUUUCUGGUUUGUGAGGCCACGUUAGAAAAUUAAUGCAGUUUAUGUUUAAUUUUUUUUAGUUUGUUUGCGUAGUUACAUAAUACUUCAUAUGUAUAGAAGUCGACUGUCACGUAUAUGCAUUUUAUAUUCAGACUUUCCUUUUUGGGAUCAUACGUCAUCAUGUUGGCCACGAUGUUUAUCACGUUGUUUAAGGUGAGUCAUAGUUUUCCUCUUUCUUUUAUACAAUACGUGUUCCUAAUUGGACAGUUUAACAUACUAUAUAACCCAGUCAUUAACUUUUGCACGGUUCUAUCGGCGACUUUACAUCGCGUGGCGCAAAUCACCGGAAAAUUAUCACACAUUAUAUCCCGUCCAUUAAUUUUCCCGCGAUUCCAUUAGCUGUGUUACAUCACGUGUUGCAAAAUUACAUGACAUUCAUCUCGUGAUAACCCCCGAAUACGUCAAUGUUUAUCCCCUGUUUAUAUCUGUUCAAAAGAAACUAAGCCAGCGGAAAAAAGCCAGCUCGAGAGUUUCACUUUUUCACUUUUGUCAGUUUGUUGACUUGAAAAAAACUCAUCUUCUAGAGUCCAGUGAUUGUAACCUUAAAAAAGCUGAUCUCAAAUAGUGCCUUUAAAAGUGCAAGAAAAGCAACAAAAAUUUGCCCUCAACGCGCGCGAUGAAAAUUAAUAGAAGGGUAAUAAAAUAAAUAAAGCCCUGUCUGGCUUGCUGGCAUGUUGAUUGAUGAUAUCCUUAGCUUAGAAAAUGUCCACAAAAUUUCACAUUUUCCCUUCCACCUUCACUUUUUGGCCAAAUUUUUAUUUCUUGGACAAUAUCUCAGCCGCGCACAUUACCAGACGCCUAGAGGCGUUUAUUUAUUAAAUAUGCAGGGAAAUUUUGCGAUUAGCGUUGUUGUUACCGAGCCCAGUAGGGGCGAGGCAAAAUGCGAGUAAUGAGCCUUUUUCGCGCGUUCCGAUGUCCUAAAGUGGCGUAACAGUGGAAUAAUUAAUUCCGUUAUUCAGAUGCAUUUUCCUUUGUUACGAUCUAAGUGAUUCUUUUUAUAAAAAUAAAAGUACUUUGUAUUUCAAACAGGUGUUAGUGCUGUUUCUUUUGUUCAUCUUGGCAUUCGGUACAACUUUCUACAUGCUGAUUGACGAAAACGUGAGUUGAAACAUUAGCCUUCUAUCAAUUCCUUAGAAGUCUCUGCUAUUGGAUACAUUGGGCGUAGCGCUACUGUUAAACCUUUAAUGUGAUAGAGAGCUUAAAAGUUACUUCCUGAAUCUUAAGGCUGACUCAAUACAACGAGAUGACUUCCCCAUUCCUGGUAGUGCGUAAAGGCUUCAUGACUCUAAAGCAACAGGUUAGGAGGCACUGAGUGGCUCGAGGCUUAAAUGCAUAAGGGCUUACAAAAUCCAAGCGACGUAAUCAGCAGUUGGGAUAUGGGGAUACAAACAAAGCUCUCUGAGUCUUUAGAACUUCGGAGCUCUACAUAUUGAACCAAGUUAAAUUAUUAGAGUAUAUUAUGACAGAAUGUUUGUUCAUUAUAUUUAUUAUUACGCUCAUUCCCUUUUUCUCUCAGGAAUCAGCAACUUCAUUGCCUAAGUGGGUUCUGACUAUUUUUGUGAUGACUCUGGGAGAGUUGAAUUACGCUGAUAACUUCAUGCCCUGGGAGUACCCUUUCGCCACCCUGGUCAAUACCCUCUUUGUCCUUUUCGUCCUUGCAAUGCCUAUCAUUCUCAUGAAUAUGCUGGUAAGAACCGUUUUUCUAUAUUUAUGUAUUAUUCUGUCAACUGCGAAAUGAAGUAAUUUAGCCUAACAGUAAAGCAAACAGUUCCCUCCUUUUUUAAUAAAAGCUCAUAUCUCUGAUUAACUCGUACCCUCUCCGCGUUACCAGGGGCGCUUUUUCGAUAGAAUACCACGGGAUGUGGGAUGAACAUCUACAUGUAGGGGACAUUUUUUUGCUGCCAUUUUACUUUGUGUCCUCUUUCCUGUACUUAUCAUACUACGAUAGAGAUCGCAGUAUGAAGGAAUUAUUACCUACUACCCUUAGGUCUAAUUCAGUGAACAAUGAAAAUUGGGCGGUGGAAUUAAGUAAUAAAAGCAUUUCCAGUUACGCUAAGUAAUGUUUAUAUAUUAACCUCUCUACGACCAAAAUCAUAUAGUUCAUUAUUUACAAAAUGUUUCGUUUUCAAUUUGACGAAAUCUUUACCUCUUUCACAGGUAGGUCUUGCUGUUGGGGACAUUGAAAACAUCCAGAAAAAUGCCACAAUGGACAGAUACGUUAUGCAGGCAAGUGUUUAUAUCAAAACUUUUUAAAUCAAUCUUCUUUGAAAUGUCAAGUUUUUGACACUUAAUAGUUCUGCAAAUAAUAAAUCUUAAUAAAACCCGAAUUACUUGCACUGUCAUAUAUUUUUUCGUCUCGUCACGAGAAUGGGACAUAGAAAAAUGAGUCCCCAUGAAGAAAGGAUAAUUGUUGCUGCUUUCUUAUCUGUAGUUUGACCUCGCUAAAUACAGAGCAGUCCAGUUUCUCGACAGGUUUGCAUUUGCAGUUCAGACUAUAUUCUCAAUGAACUGAAUAGUCGUAGAGUAGUCAACCACUGAACUAUUUUUAUGUUUAUUUACUUUAACAGAUAAAGAUGUUACUGGAAACCGAGGAACAACUUCCACGCUGUCUACGCAAACAUGUUCAAUUCGAAAAAUUUGUCGAAUAUCCCAACAAAAAACUUCCGUUGAAAACAAGGGUAUUGAUUUUUUCUCAAAUUCUUGUGUUGAUAAAUGAUGGUAAUAAGACCGAGUAGAGUCGCUUAACAAAAAUCGGACGAACGCGAAGCGGGAGUCUUAUUUGUCAACCAUGAAUAUGAUUACCCACAGAAUUGGACGACACGAAGUCCUAAUACCAAUUAAUCAUAACCGUUACGAUUUCUGAGAAAAAGAAAUAAAUUUAGGAUAAACAUCUGCGGUAAAGACAGUGUCUUAAAUAAAAAAUUCCUCUAUUUUGAAAAAUUCCCCAUCAGCUUUUUUCAGUAUAAAUGGCUGUUGCUAUGGUUAUUGCGAUCAAUUUUGUGAUUGGUGGAUUUAGCUAAGUGGACUUUGUAUGAUUAGCUGCUUCAACUAUCCGAUUACAGGUGUCUGAUUGCAGCCAGCUGUCCGAUUACAACCGUACAGAAUGGUUAGUGAAAAACUAACGCAGCUGAUGCACCAAUCACAUUUCAGGAAUUUUUAAUGGUUUUGAUUAUCUUUAUGACAACACUUAUCUGUCCAUAAUCUCAAAACUGAUGCAAGUGUAUAUUUUUCUUCCAACAAAGAGACUCAUACUUUUCUCGUUUUUUUUUUUUUUUUUUUAUCCCAGCAAAUAUGUCAUUUUAUUGCAAAGUUUUAUGCUGCAAAGUAUUACCCCAACCUAUCAUUUCAGUUAUACGAUGCCAUAUGUGGUUUUGGUCAUCCGGGAGGUGAUGAGAACGAAAAAGACGAACAUGAUGUCCCUCGUGAAAUAAUUGACAUAAAAACAAAAGUAGAGGAACAGGAAACAAAGUGAGUUGUCUUUUUUUUUUUUGUCUUGUUUUUAAUCCGCUCGAAGCUUCAGAGAAAAAGUCUGAAUGAACAUAUCAGCACACUCGAAAAUUGUCUCAGUUUCCCAUUAAGUAAUUUUCCAAGAUGUCAGAACAGUUUCGCAGGCUUGAGUUUCGAUAGUAUGAAGCGGAAAAGGAAUUCAAUUUUCAAAGAAAAAAAAAGGAGAGGAAAAUGAACAACAAUAAACUUACUGCUUUUAAAACAUCGCUGCCAGACUUUAUCCAGCAUGAUUCUAAAAUAUCUAUUUGUCUAAUGAUGUUCACAGUAAGUAAGAUUUUUUAAAUAAUAUUCCCGUAAAUUUGGUUUCUACAUUUAUAUUUCAUUUUUUUUCUCUAUUAUCAGAAUUAAUGAGAUCAGCAACAUGUUAAGGAAGCAAUCAGAGAUGUUGGAAGUCCUUGCUCAGAAAUCGAAACUGAAGGAAGGAUAG